AUGGAGCGGGUCGAGGCGUCCGUCGCUCAGCGCGAGACGGAGGCGGGCGAGGAGGAGGCCGUGGCGGCGGCCGAUACAGCGCAGCUGGUGCGUGGCGGCAUGCUGCUCGACAACUCCGGGUUCUCAUGGAACGGCGACGCCGACGGCCAGUGCCCCAUUUGCCUCGAGAAGUGGUCGAGCCUGUCGGACGCGAGCGUGGCGGUGCUCGAGUGCGGCCACGCUACGUGCGCAGCCUGCCUCUGCCACAUGCGCGAGUCCGUCCCGGCGACCGAGGAGCGGCAGGACCCGCUCGUGCCUCACGGGCAGAGCGUGACCACACGCUUCCAGUGCCCACACUGCACGCUGCUCCUCGACCCGGCCACCGUCGACAACCUCGCGCUGCAGGCCUACCAGGCGUCCGACCUCCUCCGCCUCCUCGCCGGCCACCUCGCCACCGCCGUCGCGCCAGGCUUGCACGACGCCGUGCCGGCGAUGCUCGUGCACCGCCGCCUCGACGCUGCGGCGGUGGAGAAGGAGCUCUUCGAGCUCAUCUCGAGGCACGCUGUCGGGGCGGCGGCCCGGACCAGCGGCAGCCUCGACUCGCGGCGCAAGCAGGAGGUCUACCUCGAGGCGAGGCGGCCCGUCGUCGCGCUCCAGAGAGAGCUGGAGCGCGAGGCUGAGAAGCUCGCGACGCUGGACAAGCGCGACGACAGGCUCGGGCCGGGCGCUGUCUCCGCCGAGUGGCGGUCCUGCCGCGGCCGCUGCGACGAGCUGCGCGAAACUCUACGGGCGUCGCAGCAGAACGCGGCGGCGAGCAUCUUUGCGACGCUGAACGACGAGAGCUUGGGGAUGGGGUCGGACGCGGGCGAGUCCGAGGGCCUCUGCAUCGACCUGCACGGGCUGCACGUCGCCGAGGCGAAGGCCAAGUUCGACGAGCUGGUCGUGCCCGUGCUGCCUGUCCUCGGCCGCUGCGUGGUCGUGACUGGCCGCGGGAGUCACAGCAAGGGCGGCGAGGCCGCCCUGCGCGAGGCGCUGGUGCGGCACGCGCGCCACCGCGCGCUGCGGUGUGCAGUGAUGCAGGGCAACGGAGGGGCGUUGGAGAUCAGCCUCCCGGUCCUCGACGAGUGA